UCAUCGCUUCCACGAGACACCACGAUCUGCUGCGAUGGAAACUCUACCGUUAGAAGCACUUCGCACGAAUUGCGGACUGAAAAGCGAUUAAGAGGGUACUAAGUAUGAUUAUUAUAUAUAACAAAUCGCGGUUAAAUAAGCGGCCGUAAGCCUUCCUCAACCGGCAAGCGGCGUCGCUUUUGCUUUUCCAGCAUCGCGGCAAAAAGCGGACCAGAUUGGGAGAGAUAGAGUGAGCUCGAAGUGAGAGAAAGCGGAGGAGAGACAUAGUGAGCCACAGAAGUGUUGGUGCGCGCCUCCUUCUCUGGCUUUGCUGUCUGCUGAGGCAGAGCUUACAUUGGGGGAUGUGAAAUGGCGGAGGAGUGGGGGAGAUCUGGACUUGUGGUGUGGAGGAGGUGAGCGAUCUGCUUUUGGAGGAGUAGUGUUAGGGUUUUGGUGGCCAUCAAUCACUAGGGGUGUGAGAGAUGGGGAGCAUUUCGUCGGAGGAGGUGUCCGAUCAGCAGAGCGAGGAGAGGUGCGGGAGCUACAGUCCCAGUGCAGAUGUUAGCGAGUCUGAGAGCUCCAGUGGCUUCUCCGGCCGGCGCUUCACUGCGGGUGCUUCGAGUUCAUUUGCAUCUUCGCCGCUGGUUAUCGGGAAAUCUGGUCUUGCUGCAGCCGAUGCGGGCCGUGCAUUGUUGCCAAUGCCCGAAGCUGAUGCUAUGUUCUGGGAGGGAAAGUUGGAGAAGCGUGAAGUAGACUUGUCUGAGGUCGAGAUGAUGAAAGAGAGAUUCGCUAAACUCUUACUGGGGGAGGAUAUGUCCGGCGGAGGGAAAGGAGUUUGCACCGCGCUGGCGAUCUCGAACGCCAUUACGAAUUUAUCCGCUACUGUGUUCGGGGAACUGUGGAGGUUGGAGCCGCUGGCCCCACAGAAGAAAGCAGUGUGGAUAAGGGAAAUGGAAUGGUUGCUAUGCGUGAGUGAUUCAAUCGUAGAGCUCAUCCCAUCUCUGCAAGAGUUUCCAGGUGGCGGGACAUUUGAAGUGAUGGCAGCGCGUCCAAGACCUGAUCUCUACAUGAACCUUCCUGCGCUGAAAAAGCUAGAUUCCAUGCUCCUAGGGAUGCUGGAUGGGUUCCGGAAUACUGAAUUCUGGUAUGUUGAUAGAGGGAUAAUGGUUGCUGAUGCUAUUGAAGAAGGUGACGAGGGCUACCCUUCUUUUGGGAGGCCAUCACUGAGACAGGAAGAGAAAUGGUGGCUUCCAUGCCCACGAGUUCCUCCAAAUGGUCUGUCUGAAGAGACCAGGAAGAAGCUGCAGCAGUGCAGAGAUUGUGCAAACCAGAUACUGAAGGCCGCAAUGGCGAUCAACAGUGGGGUGCUUGCAGAGAUUGAGAUUCCUGAAGCCUACUUUGAAACUCUUCCUAAG